GCCAGUCCCCUCGAGGCAAAAGGCAUAUAUAAUCAUCCCGCGAUGCCCUUCUCGAUCGCUCUCCGCCGCUUCGCCUUCACAGAUCGCCGAUCUUGGCCGAGAAUGCAGGCGAACAAGAGGCCAGCGAUGAAGCGAUGCAGAGGAGACGCCAAUGCAAAGCCGAUCUCGAAGCCCUCCGGCAAAGCUCCGCGGCGACAGAAGACGGCGUCCGCCGCCGCGGGGCGGGCCAAGUCGGCUUCCUCCAAGCUGAACUCCGCGAGAGCGGGAGGCGGGAGCAAAACCUCGUCGGAAUCUGCGGAGCCCGCGCCGCGCCGUUCGCCCUCUGUCCCAUCGCUGCAGGUGCCCGCGGAAAUGCUGGCGGGGUGGGUGGAUGGCGAGGCGGAUCUCGGCGAUCUGUGGUGGUCGCUGUGUGGGGUAGAGGAGGAGAAGCUCUCCGGGUGGUUUCCGUUCGUGGACGAGGACUUCCUUUGCUCCGACGCGAGGGCAGGAGAGGGGUCCGCCGGUCUGCUCUGGGAAGAGCCCGACCAUGAUAUCUGGCAGCUGCAACACAUCCACGAGAUCCCUCAGACGGCGUCGAAGUGAUGCUGACGAAAGGCGCUACAAUUUUUGAGAAAGGUAGGGCAGAUCAAACGACCAAUAGGGAAAAACCACAAGCUAGAACAACAAUGGAGUUUAAACAAACAUAGGAAGGAAGCAUUAAUUAGGCUUUAAUCGCAUUGUUAUCUUCUACUCUGUUGUUGUUGUUGUUGUUCAUGUAAUUAAAUGGCUUAGGGAUUUGAAGAAUCACUGAAAAAGUUUAGUUCGAC